AUGGAAAACAAGCAAUACAUCCUUAUAACUGGAGCUGGUGGUUUUAUAGCCGAUGUUUUUGAGCCGCCGUGCCCAGACGCAUCCCGUGUUGUCACCUCCAAAGCCGACCUUACGCAAUCUUCUGCUGUGGAUUCUUUACUCUGCUCUCAGACAUGGUCAGCAUGUUAUUUACUACACGGGAUCAUGUCUGGAGGCGCCGAAGCAAACUUUGAUCUCGGCCUCAUCGUCAACGUCGACUCGCACCGCUUGAUCCUUGACUACCUCCGGCGAAAUCAACCAGGUGUUAUCGUCGUUUUUCCAUCAUCCCUCACCGUCUACGGACCCCCUGACCCUUCCAGUUCUUUUAUAUCAGAGAGGACGAUUCCGAUUCCGCAAUCCUCGUACGGUGCGGAAAAGUUGAUUGUAGAGACAUUGAUCAACGAUUACUCGUGUCGCGGGUUAAUCGAUGGGCGGAUAUGUCGGCUUCCAACAGUCAUUGUCAGACCCGGUGCCCCAUCCGCGGUCGCGUCGAGUUUCGCGUCUGGUAUUGUUCGGGAACCGCUGAAAGGGGAGUCGUCGGUGGUACCUGUAAGUAUGGACCUCGAGAUGUGGGUGUGUUCGCCGAAGACCGUCGUGCGCAAUCUUGUUGCUAUCAAGGAUGUGUCUGCAGAGAAUUUCAGCUCAAACCAUGGAAGGACCGUCAAUCUGCCUGGUCAGACGGUUAAGGGGGGCCAGAUCCUCGAUGCACUAAUGGAGGUGGAUGGCCGCGAGGCAUUAGCGCUGGUGGAGGAAAAGCGGGAUCUCAAGGUGGAGGCUAUCGUUGCCAGCUGGCCAGCGAGAUUCGAUAUUGCAUUGGCGGAGUCAUUGGGAAUGAGCCGUGAUAUAAGUUUAACGGAGGAGGUGGAGAGGUUCGCGAAGAGUUUGAAAGGUUAAAGUGACGGCCAUAAAUCUAUCCCAUCCCGC